AAAAUAAUAAGACCAUAUUAAAUAUCGACAUUCAAUCGUUAAUCGUUGGUAAAUCGAUUAAGACAUGCUGGGACUGGGAUAUUACGGAAUAACUUGUUCCUCAUUUUCUGGUCUGUGGAUAUGUCAAUAAAUAAACUGUCAUUGAAAGGUCACCUUGAUAAGCCUUGGUGAAGUUCACAGGAUUCAAAUUUGGGAGUCACUAAAAUAUUUUUUGGUGUGUUUAAUUGUUUCAUCGAAAUACCGGGGUAAUUAGAAGCCCUAACCAUGGAUGUGAAUACUACACAAAGAUUCAUAGAGCGUGGCUCACAUAAAGGCAAAGGUUUGGCGGUAUUUACCAGUGGUGGCGACUCUCAGGGAAUGAAUGCCGCUGUGCGAUCUGUUGUGCGUAUGGGCAUCUAUUUGGGAUGUAAAGUUUAUUUUAUACGUGAAGGCUACCAGGGUAUGGUAGAUGGAGGUGAUAAUAUUGAAGAGGCUAACUGGUCAUCCGUAAGCUCCAUUAUCCACAAAGGUGGUACUAUUAUUGGAUCUGCACGCUGUAUGGAUUUCUUGAAUAAGGAAGGCCGUUUAAAAGCUGCUUACAACUUGGUAACUCGUGGUAUCACUAAUUUAGUGGUAAUUGGUGGUGACGGUUCACUCACUGGUGCAAAUCUAUUUCGUCAAGAAUGGUCAAUUUUGCUUGAUGAUCUUCUAGAAAACAAUAAAAUCACUAAAGAUCAACGAGAAAAAUAUAAACAUUUGCAUAUUGCAGGAAUGGUUGGUUCGAUUGAUAAUGACUUCUGUGGUACAGACAUGACAAUAGGUACUGAUUCUGCCUUGCAUAGGAUCAUAGAAGCUAUAGAUGCUAUUGUAAGCACUGCCUACUCUCACCAACGAACAUUCAUUAUGGAGGUCAUGGGAAGGCAUUGUGGUUAUCUGGCAUUAGUAGCCGCUCUGGCGAGCGAGGCGGACCAAGUUUUCAUUCCAGAGGAUCCUGUUCCCAAUAAUUGGGUUGAAAAGCUUUGCAAAAGAUUGCAACAGGAAAGGAAGUCGGGGCAGCGUCUGAACAUUAUCAUCGUGGCGGAGGGUGCGAUAGAUCGCGAAGGUAAGCCGAUCACCGCUGAACUGGUGAAGAAGGUGGUGGUCGACAAUCUCCAGCAAGAUACACGUAUCACGGUGCUCGGUCACGUGCAACGUGGUGGAUCACCAUCCGCUUUCGAUAGGAUCCUGGGUUGCCGCAUGGGGGCUGAAGCCGUGAUGGCCUUGAUGGAAGCCACCCCUGAAACGGAACCGUGUGUGGUGUCAUUAGACGGAAAUCAGGCUGUAAGGCUUCCGCUCAUGGAGUGCGUACGACGCACAAAGGCAGUCGCUCAGGCUAUGGCUGAUAAGAAUUGGGAUCUUGCUGUCCAGCUGCGCGGGCGCAGUUUCGCACGCAACUUGGAAACAUACAAGAUGUUGACCCGUUUGAAACCUCCCAAGGAAGCAUUCGAUGAAUCUGGAAAACCUAUUAAAUGUUUUCCUUUUCACCCUUUUUCCACUCUUUGUUCUUUGCGAUCCUCUUCCAAUCUCACUCUCGAUAUUCCUCGUCACGCAACAGAUUUCGUUUCCUAUUCCUUCUCUGUGCAUGCUGUAAGACUUUGGAAUUCUCUUCCAGAGGGUAUCAGGAAAGUUCGUUCACUCAACUUCUUCACCGAUCAGGAAGGUUACACACUGGCGGUUAUGCACGUGGGUGCGCCCGCAUGCGGUAUGAACGCGGCCGUACGUUCAUUUGUACGUAACUGCAUAUACCGUGGAGACACUGUGCUCGGUAUUCACGAUGGCAUCGAAGGUCUUAUCAGCGGAAACAUUGUCAAGAUGGACUGGUCAGACGUAACUGGAUGGGUAGCUCAGGGAGGAGCUUUCCUAGGCACAAAACGUACGCUUCCCGGUGACAAGAAGAAAGAGAUCGCGGCGCGCAUCAAGCAGUUUAACAUUAACGGAUUACUUAUUAUUGGUGGAUUUGAGGCUUAUCAAGCUGGCUUAGAGAUGUACGAGUCCCGGGAUCAAUUCCCGGAAUUCUGCCUGCCUCUGGUGGUGAUCCCGUCUACUAUCAGUAACAACGUGCCCGGCACAGAUUUCUCACUCGGCGCUGAUACAGCUCUCAAUGAAAUCACCGAGAUUUGCGAUCGUAUACGUCAAUCUGCUCAGGGCACUAAACGCCGAGUGUUUGUGAUCGAAACUAUGGGAGGUUAUAGCGGUUAUUUGGCUACCCUCGCAGGUUUGGCUGGCGGUGCCGACGCAGCGUACAUAUAUGAGGAGAAAUUCUCAAUCAAAGAUCUUCAACAAGACGUGUACCACAUGGCGUCCAAGAUGACUGGUGGUAUUCAACGUGGUCUCAUAUUGCGUAACGAGAAAGCCAAUGACAAUUACAACACGGAGUUCAUCUACCGUCUCUAUUCCGAGGAAGGCAAAGGAUUGUUCACGGCUAGGAUGAAUGUGCUUGGGCAUAUGCAACAAGGUGGUUCUCCAACUCCAUUCGAUCGCAAUAUGGGAACCAAAAUGGCGGCUAAAUGUCUUCACUGGCUGGUUGAGGCAUUACAGAGGGGUCCAGCAAACACACCAGACACUGCUUGCCUUUUGGGCAUCGUGAAGCGCCAAUAUAAAUUCACUCCGCUCGAAGAUCUCAAGUCGCAAACUAAUUUCGCUCAGAGAAUACCGAAACAGCAAUGGUGGAUGAAAUUACGCCCGCUACUGCGUAUUCUCGCUAAACACGAUUCCACUUACGAGGAAGAGGGCAUGUAUAUGACCGUUGAGCAAGGCGAGAUCGACUCCGAAAAUGUUAUAUAAACAUUUCCAUCUCAUUAGCUUGAUUAUCAACAUUUUCGAAACUUCGUUGUAAAGCUACAAGAUGAGUGCUUUUUAAUGGUAUCGUUGGAGGUUUCCCGAGUUUCUCAAGUUUAGGUUAGUAGUGUCAAUAUCGAACAAAAUAUAAGAUCCAUCUGAAUAACGUUUUUCUAAAGAUAUGUAUUGUUUUGUGUUAUACUUAAAUUGGUUUGAUCUUAUCUACCUUAGUAAAGGCAGUGCUGGAUUGCUUAGGGCAUCGAGUACUCUUUAUCAGGUACUAGGUAGAGAAGUGAUAAUCACUUAAAGCACUUAAAUCUACUAUUACCGUAUGUGUUAGAAUCUACGACAUUUAUCUUGUAGAUUUACGUAGUCUCAUUAGAAAAAGCUAACAAUAUAUUGUUACGAAUAUUUUGCAUUUUAGUAGUAGACAAUUGUAGUAUUAAAUUGACUUGAUGUUGUUGGUGGAAUGUUAUAAGAGAUAGAUAUAUGAAAAUAUAUUUAUCAAUUUUAUUUACUGUUUGUUAUAGUAGCAAUAGUUCAUCAACAAAAGUAGUUUAAUAAAAAUAAUGUAUUUAGAUUUUAACUUUUAUUAUAAAAUACUUUCUUAAUCUGAUUGUUGUGAUUAAUUUAUAUACAAGUAAUCACAGUCCCAGUUACUUUACUUUAAUUUUAAAAGCCAGUAUAGAGCAAUAAUUAUAUUUUUAUCAUUUUUUUUAUAACAGUAAGAGAAAGAAAUAGGAUAGUAAUAGGCUGUGUAAUGACUGUGUAUGUUAUUUCUAGACAAUUUAUUUAUUUAUUUUUGAGCAAACGUUUUUAUUAAGUAUGAGCAAAGAGUGUUAUAUGUAUGCAUUAUAAAAUAUGUCUGAACAUUUUUAAUACAUUGUAACCACUAUUUUUGACCUCACUGUGGUAAGCAUAGUCUUAAUGACUAAGGACUGUUACUUCUUUAAGUUUACUAACAGUAUUGUGCAAAAUUUUAAAAUUAUUGAAAUUAUGUGGAAAUUAUAAUAAUGUUAUAAAUUAAGCUACAAUGUUUAUAUCAUUAUUUAAAUAUUAAAAUAAACAUGCAAUUCGCUUAAUUUUUAUUUUUAUUUGUUUUUCAUUCACUUCUUUUUCUUUUUCUUAAUUUAACGAGGAAGUAUUUAAAAAAAAAA